CUUCAGCCUCGGCAGCGGACAUUUGUGUGGAGGACCUCGGGAGUGCGGGACGUGUUCAGGCGCGGAGGCUUCAGGUCCGACAGCAGCAAAGCUCCCCGGCCGGGUUCAUGGGUGUAGCGGCCACAGCGGCGGCUGUAGAGAUUUAGCAGCUCAGAAAGACGAUGUGAUCCUCUGCUUUUCUUCAUCCACACCACUCUACCCGAACAUUUCUUUUCUUUCUUGUGUUUUUACGCAUCAUAUUUUCCCUCCGCUGUGGGAUUUAGUGAACGCAGGUCGCUUCGUUUCUGCUCCACACGGCGCUCUCCCUCACACUUUGUGAUUUUUUUGACUGUGAAUAAGCUUCCACCUUCCGCUGAGACUACAAACUUUGGACCGGAGAAGACAGCCUGUCGCCAGUCGGGGGGGGAGCGAGGAGCGGAGGAGACCUGACACCGAGCACACAGCCUAUAUUUGUCCGCUCCGCUCCGUGUGGAGAAGGAAGGAGGAAAACCGAGCUUCCCUGUCGCCACCUCCGCCACCAGCCUCCCUGCUCCACCGCACGGAGGAAGAGGAAGCAGAGGAGGAUUUAGCCUGAGUAACGGGAGAGGAUAUAACCCUGGAGCAGAACUGACGAUCUCAAAGGUGCUCGGCACAAUGGGACUCCUAAACCUCUGAGGGGCGAGCACAAAAGGCCGAGGGGAAGAGGCAGAAUAAAGCCAAGGGAGGGGAGGAAAGAAGAGGACAAAAGAGGAGGAGGAGGAACAGAAGAAGGAGGGAAGAUUCUUGCCCCGGCGCCAGGCGAGAAGCAGAGCUUGUGGGCGGAGAAGGAGAGGGAGGGAGGGAGAUUUGAAAGGAAGGAUUUGCUUUAUCUGUCGGGGGUGCAUGCUCCCCCCUAAGCCCCCCCCCUCCUCCUACUUGGACAUCGUCCUCCUCCUUUUUUUUCUGCAUCAGUGACGGGUCGACAAAAGGCAAAGAAUGCACCAUAAACUAAGUUGGGGAAGCCUCGGGGCGAGCAGGGGCCUCGAUGUGAGACUACCCAGGACUAGAGCCCUGCUGCUGGGCUUGCUCCUCGCCGCGGCGGGCUGGCUCCACCCGCCGGUGCGCGCAGAGGUGGAGAUCGACGUGCUGGGCGAGAUGGUGUUAAUGGAAGCGGGCGGACAGAGCGAGGGAGUGGGCGGCAGGAGCGAGCUGGAGGCCUCCAUGCACUCCUCGCUCCUGCGGGACUUCCAGGAGGUGACUGAAGGUAUCCAGGAGAUGGAGGCUGUUGCCGUAGAAACCGGGGAGACGGCAGCAACUCAGCAGAACGCGGCGACGCCCACGGCCUUCCCAGACUCCUCGGCGGUGGUGGGUCGAAUCUUCCAGAUGAAGGUGCCAAACAAGAUGGAGGAUGUUUACCUGGGUGAUAUUGUCAAGAUUACCGAGAUGGGUAAGGAUUCCCUCCCUGCCUGGCUGCACUGGGACGCCAGCAGCAGAAUCCUGCGGGGUCUGCCUUUGGAGGAGGACAAAGGUGUCCAUUACAUCUCCGUAUCCAUCUCCAACCACACAAAGUCCUCUUCCUCAGAGGUGUUUUCCAUCGAGGUGCACCCUGAGGAUCACUCGGACUCAGAUUCGGCCCAGCUGACGUCCAACCAGGCCUCCACCGAAGAUGAUGUCCAGCCGUUCAUGUGCGGAAACGAGGAGCCGGUCACAGUGCUGACGGUGAUCCUGGAUGCAGAUUUAACCAAGAUGAGCUCAGAGCAGAGGGUGGAGCUCCUGGAUAGCAUGAGGAGUUUCUCUGGGGUGGGGCUCCAGCACAUGAAGAUACUCCCCGUCGUCAACAACAGGCUGUUUGACAUGUCUGCGUUCAUGGCUGGGCCGGGGAAUGCUAAAAAGGUGGUGGAGAACGGCGCUCUGUUGUCCUGGAAGCUCGGCUGCUCGUUGGACCAGAGCACAGUCCCAAAUAUCAACAGUGUCCAGGGUCCUGCAAAGGAGGGCACGAUGUCAGCCAAGCUUGGCUACCCUGUGGUGGGAUGGCACAUUGCCAACAAGAAACCCCAUGUCCCUAAGCGGGUGAGGCGCCAAUUAAACAACACUCCAACACCUGUUCUGGCAGUGCUUCCUCCAACAACUGUGGUGGAGCCUCCAGUGAGGAUUAUCCCCACCCUGUCCUCUCCCUCUAUUGCUGCACCAACUGAAAGCUCUGCUCCCCCUGUAAGAGGCCCCGUCCCCCUUCCAGGCAAGCCUACGAUCAGAGUCCGUGACCCAAUCGCCCACACACCAACCCUGGGACCUCCUCAACCAACGAGGGUGAUGGAGACCACCAGUACCAUUUCCAUCCAGCCAACCAUGACCCGGCCUACUUAUGUGGAAGCCACUGCCACGCCAUCCACACCUACCAGAAAACCUACCAAGAAACCCAAGAGGCCCAAGACCACACCAGCGCCCAGAGAGCCAAAGACGUCCACAGCGAAGCCGUCCAGGCGCACCACCCCAUCACCCGGUGUUGUGCCGGAUCCAUACAAUACAAAGCCUACCUUGCGUAACCCUAUCGACCAGGUUAAUGCAUUGGUGGGCACCUAUUUCGAGGUUAAGAUCCCAUCUGAUACAUUCUUCGAUAAAGAGGACGGGACAACAGACAAGCUGCGUCUCACCCUGAGACAGAACCACAAUGAAGUGGUUGGAGAUGGCUCCUGGAUCCAGUUCAACACCACCAGCCAACUCCUCUAUGGCCUGCCUGAUGUCCAACAUGUGGGAAAACAUGAAUAUUUCAUGCAGGCAACUGACAAAGGUGGCCUGAGUGCAAUUGAUGCCAUCGAGGUCCGUGUGAACCGCUGGCCCGCCAACGACAAGACCCCUGUGAUCUUCACGGCUCGGUUUGAAGGUGAGCCACGUUCCGUAACCAAUGACAUCCACAAGAAAAUCCUUCUGGUCAAGAAGCUGGCGUAUGCCCUGGGAGACCGCAACAGCAGCACGGUGAGUCUCCGGAAUAUCACCAAAGGGUCGAUUGUGGUGGAGUGGACGAACACCAGCCUCCCACAGCACCCGUGUCCAAAGGAACAGCUCACAGUCAUGAGCAGGACGCUGGCCAAUGCUGACGGGAGGCCGUCACAGACCUUCCGCUACUCCAUGGAGCCUGAAUUUAGACCUCUGGAUGUCAUGGUGAAAGGAAGGGCAAGCUGCAGAACGUAUUCCUUCAUCCCACCUGGAGAGAUCGACAUACCAGAACCUCCAGCAGUCACUCCAGCCCUGGGAACAGGCCGGCAGAGCACAGAUGACGUCUAUCUCCACACGGUCAUUCCUGCUGUGGUGGUCGCGGCAAUCCUGUUGAUAGCAGGUAUCAUUGCAAUGAUCUGCUACAGGAAGAAACGAAAGGGCAAGCUGACCAUCGAAGACCAGGCCACCUUCAUCAAAAAAGGUGUGCCAAUUAUCUUUGCAGAUGAACUGGAUGACUCUAAGCCGCCUCCAUCUUCCAGUAUGCCCUUGAUUCUCCAGGAGGAGAAACCCCCACUUCCACCCCCCGAGUACCCAAACAUGGCCACGCCAGAGACCACUCCCCUCAACCAGGAACUGCUGGGGGAGUACACAGCUCUGCGGGAUGAAGACCCCAACGCACCUCCCUACCAGCCACCGCCUCCUUUCACCGCUCCCAUGGAGGGCAAGGGCUCCCGUCCCAAGAACAUGACUCCCUACAGAUCACCACCUCCCUACGUGCCGCCCUAAGACUUGUUUAACCCUCCCCUCGUGGGGCGGAGGGAGAGGAUGCCUGAGGAACUGUAACGGUUUCCAUUCUGGUGUCUGUCUGGACAUUUACAGGGAGAGAUGACAAGAGGUGCUAAAGUACAAAACAGCUACAAGGGACUUUGGUUUGGAAGGGGGAGUGAUAAGUCGGGUGGGGUUUUACAGUAGACAGAUGGGAUGAUUGGUUGAAACAGCUGGGAGGGACUACUGUUUUAGUGGUAGCCACAGCUACUACAGUGGCCUAAGACAAACAAAUUCUCGUCACACUGGCUUUCGGGUCGACCAGUUGGUCAGAAGCGACAAUUGGGAGACGUGCUCUCCCUUCCCAGCAUUUCAUUUUUUUCUCUUCUGUUGAUUUGGAUACUGGCUUUUAUUUUGUUUUUCGUCUUUAUCCCAAGAUUAUUAAAAUUCUUUUUUUUUGUUUUUUGUUUUUUUUGGACUGAAUCGUUUGCCUAACAACUCUUAUUUUGUCUUGCUUUUAAGUAAUACGAGAAGACAGUGAACUGCCAUCAGACCACUGCAGGCAACAACUCGUGUUUUUAAUAAAGAGAGUGAGAUUCUCUGAAUAUGAAAAAACAAAAGCUAUCACAAGGAUCUCAGAUCACCCCUGCAGACGACACAAGAGAAUGGGAGGCCGAGGAGUGUGUGGUGUGUGAAUGAAUGGGUGUGUUUAUUCAGAUUCAGUACGGUUUGCCUUUUAACACUAGUUGUCUGUUUCUAUCCUUAUUCACAAUGUCUAGUAAAGAUGAGAAUAACAAAGGUAGCCUAAAAAAGAUUUAGAGAUGAAUAAUAAAUAAUUUGUUUAUUUCAUUGGUUUUAAAUUCACUGUAUAUCUGGAAGAUGUUCUGAUAGAUUGUGUUAUAUUUUUUUGGUGGUGGAAGAAAGUGAGAAGAGAAAGGGAUUGCCUCACUAAAGUAACCUGCAGGAGCUUUUUUAUAAUUCCUGUUUUGAUAUCACAACAAUACGUCAAUAACAGCUCAUUAGAUGAAAAUCCCACCUUCCUCCCAGUUGCCCUCCCAUGCCAUCAGCAGAUCUAACCGGCUCGAUAAGGUGCAAGCAGCAGGAAAACAUGCAGGGUUUAAUGUGGAUCUAGUUGUAUGCGGAUCUCAGUUCAUCCAAUUCGACCUUAAUUUGGCGACAGUUUUACUUGAAGUUAGAAACGCCAUACGAGUGCAUACAACACGAACCUGAGCAGGAAGUAGAGCCCUACAGUUUAUUUUGGCCCUGGGAUAAUUAUUUCUUUUUUACAUAAUGAGGCAGUUCUUCUCUCCGGUCUGAGAGGAAACAUUGUGUGCCAAUGGAGACUGUCCCAGAUGGGAUUGUACAGAUAUUCACAUUUUAGAGGUCACAGAGAAGACGAUCGAAGGAAGAAAGAACCAUAAAUUUCCAGUAAUUAGCUCACAGAAACGCGGUCAAAGAAAAUCUCCUUCUAAUUUUUUUACAAAGUUUUUGAUACAGCCUCAAAUUGUUUGAUUAUUAAAAGAAAACAUGAUUAAUGAUUAGUCUUCUGUGAUUUGUAAAAUCUUAGCCUAGAAGUUCGAUUAUGAUUCAAUUAUGUACACUUUGUUUUUGUUUUUUUCUGUUGUCAUGGGUCACAUAUUUCAAGUGUUUUAUUUUACUGUGUGUGUUUGCAUAUCAAAAUGUAUCUCCCACUAUACAAAGAUGGAAUGACCCAUAUUGUAUGUAAUCACAAAUUUUAUUUUUAUGUCCUUUUAUGUUUGCUGAUGAGUUUCAACUGAAAGUGACCCUUUGCAAUAAUAAUGUAAGGAGCAGUCCGCUCAGCGACUGGUCGAUGCAGGCUCCAGCGAAUGACUCGUAUUGUCAUAAUAUUGUUGGUUUUUGCAGGAUGCCAAGGCUUUUGCUUAUCAAGUGUGCAUUGUCAUAAUAAAACCAACUGGUACGAUUAAAAAAAAAAAAAUCAAAAAAAAAUCACCCCUUCUUCAUUCAUGUAUCUGAUUUAAGUCGUCUGUGUUGGUUCUGUUGGGAGUUUUUCCGCCUGUGGAAAACGUUGUCUGUCGUCAUGCUCUGGUUUUUGGUCACUGUCACUUUUCUACUGCUCCCACUUAGCCUUGAAUUGAUAAAUCAAUCUGUCUAAAGUCCACGAGAGGUUUUACCUCCCUAGACGGCUCCUAGCCUGGCAACCACCUCCGGUCUCUGGACUCACUGGGAACGGUCGUACUGCUGUCCUUUUUGUACUAAAUUAUUCUGCUAUUAAAUGACUGGUUGGACAAUUCAGUUUGAAAGCUCUGCCCAUUAAAAAGGCUACGCUGUGAAAA